GUACCCCGAAACCCCCACACGUUGAUGGAGCUGUGGGGAGCCCCAAAACCAACCACGGACCUAUGGGGGCACCCCGAAACUGCCGACUGCUCCACGGACCUAUGGGGAGCCCCGAAACCGCCAAUUUCUCCAUGGACCUAUGGGGCACCUCGAAACCACCAACGUCUCCCAGCCCUUUGGGGGCGCCCCGAAACCGCCGCGAGCCCCCCAAGUCCCACAGGGGCCCCCAAGCUGUGGGGCCCCGCCCUGGGUGGCGCUUCCUGCCAGUGCUCCCCGCUUCCUGCCCGCGCCGCGCUCGCGCUGUCCCCCACCAACGGCUGCGGCCCCGAAGGGACCCCGGGACAUGUGGGGCCACCCCCUGGCUCGCUUGGCCACCGCCCUCUGCGCCCUCCUGGCCACCCGCCUCACCGCCCAGGACCCCUCCGUGGCCAACACCACGGACCACCAGGUGGCCACCGCCACCUUCACCGCGUCCCCCCCCGUGGCCACCGAGGGCCAGCAGCUGGCCACCACCGGGGCCCUACCGGAGACCAGUCCAGGGGUGUCCCAGUGGCCCAAGAGCCACCUCGGGGGCCUGGUGGCCACCACCAAGGACCACCAGGACCCCGUGGCUGGCUACCGACCGACUUCGAAGAGCAGCGGUGGCCAGCACGAGGGGCCGGAGGCCACCGGUGGCCACCACCAUGCCGUCACAGAAGGCCACCCUUUGGAUGACCACGGUGGCCACCACCGGUGGCCGCCACCCGCCGGUGGAGCCCACUGUUGAUCGCCAAAUUUUCAAGGACCUCACCAGUCACCAGCCACCCUUGCAGGCCACCAGUGGCCACCGGCAGGAGGUGCUGGCCACCACUGAAGACCAAAUGACCUCCUUGGUCCCCAUGGGCCACCAGCCAACGUUGGAGACCACCACCGGCCAUGACCUGAUUGUGGAGGCCACCAGUGAAGACCAAAUGACCUCCUUGGUCUUCACUAGCCAACAGCCAACGUUAGGGGCCACAGGUGGCCACCAACCAUCUUGGAAGACCACCUGUUGGCCACCAAUCGCCUUGGAAGACCACCGUUGGCCACCAACCCACUUUGACGACCACCCUUGGCCACCAAUCACCUUGGAAGACCACCGUCGGCUACCAAUCGCCUUCGAAGACCACCGUUGGCCACAAAUCACCUUGGAAGCCGACCCAAGGCCACCAACCACCUCGGAAGACCACCAUUGGCCACCACCCAACCCUUGAGGCCACCGCUGGCCACCACCCAACCCCAACGACCACCAAGCUCCUCAUGGCCCACCCGGGGGCAACGCCGGCCCCCCAGAGCGGCUCGUGGCGCUGGCUACUGGUAGCCGCGGUGGUGGCCAUGCUGGUGGUCACCAUGUUGCUGGCCUGGUGGCAUUGCCACCGCCGGCGCCACUCGGGCUCCACGUCCUUCGGGCCGUGGGCCUGGCCCGGCCUUGGUGGCCGAGGACGAUGGCGGCGGUGGCGGUGGCACAGCCACGGUGACGCAGCCGCUGGUGGCCACCGUGGCCACCAUGCAGCAGGAGCCCACGCUCAGCACCUUCCGGGCCGCCUCUGGCUCCGUGGCCAUGGAAGAGCUGCCAGGACCCAAAGGGGAAGAAGCCCCAGCCAAUGGGGAUCCUGGGGCUCAGGCCCCGCCCCCUACUUAGCCCCGCCCCUACAGUUAGCUCCGCCCCUUUGGCCCCGCCUUGUCCCCACCCAAAGGGACCCAGGUGGUCUCCGUCCCCAGUUUUCCUGUCCCAUCUCCAAUUUUUGUCCCGUCCCCAAUUUCCUGUCCCCUGUCCCCAAUUUCAUGUCCCGUGUCCCCAAUUUUGUGAAGCCAAUUUCAUGCCCCCGUCCCCAAUUUUGUGUCCCCUCUGUCCCCAAUUUCAUGUCCCCUGUCCCCAGUUUUGUGUCCCUAUCUCCAAUUUCCUCUCCCUUUCCCCAAUUUUGUGUCCCCCACCCUCAAUUUCGUGUCCCUGUCCCCAAUUUCCUGUCCCCUGUCCCCAGUUUUGUGUCCCCUGUCCCCGAUUUCGUGUCUCUUGCCCCCAGUUUUGUGUCCCCUGUUCUCAAUUUCAUGUCCCCUAUCCCCAGUUUCGUGUCCCCCCCCUGUCCCCAGCGACCUGGGACCUUCCUCCCUGUCCCCAUCUCCUCAUCCUCACAUCCCCACCAAAGGGUCCCAGGUGCCCCCCCCCAUCCCAAUGCCUUCAUGUCCCCUCCCGUCCCCAUCGGGGGACCCCGGUGCCGUUUCCGAUGAUAAGAUUUAUGUUUUUCUCCUUUUUUGUACUUUUUUUUUCAGAAGCUAUUUAAUAAAAAUGUCCAGACCG